AUGGCUGACCAGAGCUCUGUUCAGCUAUUGGAGAUCCCGCAGUCCUCUGCAACGAAUGCAGGUACUACCUUAACGCCUGAAAGCAUCCAAAGCACCCACGAGAGCGACGGUAACUCGCAGUCUUCUCCAUUAGUACUCCUAGGGCCCGCACCGCCGCCCCCUUGGUACCCCCCUGAAGGCGAUUCGCAAAACGGUCGCAGGACCGACACAUCAACGCACACGCCACCAUCUUAUCCGCUCAUUGGAAGACAAUUGCGAUACAAGUCAAAUCAGCAGUUUUGGCACCGGGACAGCUUGGGACGUAAAUGGAAGGGCCGUAGAGACGAUCGGUUCUUAAAUGCUACCGAUGGACGUCUAUUACCACUGGUCGUGCAGUCGACAAACAAGGUUCGCCGAGAAGCAGGCGAGGUUACCUGGGCUCGAACAAUCCUUAUCGAUGACACCCCCGCUAUCUUGAAAGUCAUGUUCUGGGCUUUGGGGUCUCGCGUGACAAAGGACGCGGAAUCGAGCACUCCUUUCCACGUUGAAGUUACGUCUAGCACUCCCUUGAUUCGAAACAAUCAGGCAAGGGCACAAUUGAAAACUUGGUUCAAUUAUCCAGUCGGCGCGGUCAUAAUUUUUGUUCUGCUAUUUUUCCCCGCGGACCUUGAUGGAGAACCAAGACACAAUGGUCAAUAUGAGCCGUUUAAGUAUCAUUACUGGGGCUACGCGCCCAUUUCAAGCAAUCCCUAUGAAUGUCCAACACUAUUAGGAAGCCCCGAUUCAGCGCCUGAGCAGCGUGAUCCUGCCUCUGAACGUCUUCUCAGACCGAGAGUUUUGUGUUUCCUGCGUGAAACACAUAGUAUCGAUAUCUUCAAGGUCAGUGACUGGGAGAAAGAACAUGGAGACACCAAGACACUGCAGUAUAUUUUUGUUGCGUACACAACAACACAAUUCUCGCAUGACGAGGAGAGCGACGACAUGGAAGUUCUACAUUCUAUUGCGGAGACGGCGGCUCGUCGUGCUGGGGUUCAGGCUUAUUGGCUCGCAUGUAGCUGCAUGCCUGACGACAAACACCUGGCGGACGACCUAUAUUGUAUUAGCGAUGUAGUACGUGGCGCACAUUCACUCGUCAUCGCUCUUGGACCACCCGUUGAAGGCCGUGGAUCUCGGAUUUACACCACGCGAGAGCUUCUUAAAGAGUGGGGUCGGCGAAUGUGGACCUUCCCCGAGGUUCUUCUAUCGCCAAAUACGCAUCCGAUAUCGAUUUACACCCGCGGUGCAUCUGAGGAAGAACCUUGGCAGAUCCGCAAACGCAACUUCCCUGCAGAGGCAUGGGUUGACGCCUCAAACUCACGCGAAUUGGUCGACCAUUACGAAGGCUCCAUCAUAUUGAGUCCCCUUGAGCUUGUGACGAUUGCAUUCCAGUGCUUAUCGACUAGGCCCUUAAAAGAAAAGAGCGAAGCAGAUAUAGCCUAUGUCUUGAUGGGACUUCUGAGACGCAGGCCCAGAGUCGAUUUUGACAACAGCGCCUUUCAGGCUUUCUCCCGCCUUUCAAUGAGUAAUGAUAGCGAUCAAUUGCUUGAAAGGCUUAUAUGUCUACAUCCCAAAUCAACCAAGGAGAAAUGGUAUGUCGUCGACGACAUAUGGGACCGCAAUUUAUGGGAUGUUGACCCAUUCUGUCAAGUCGUCGGUGUCUGCUCAGGAGAUUCGGUUGUUCUCAGUGGUGCAUUUGGAGCCUCUAUUCGAUGGAAAUCAUUCAAGUCUGUGAGCCUGACCCAUAGGAACACAGUUGGAAGGUUUAUCUCAAAAUUCGCUCUGCGUGCCGCACCCUUGUGGUUAAUCGCUUCAGUAAGCUUACUGGCGGUCAGUCCAAAGUACAGGACGGAAAACGAAGAUGGGAGUUUCAGUGCCACCUCGGCAUCUCAAGCGUGCCAAGUGGCCGGCUUUUCUUUUAUGGGCAUCACUAUUAUUCUUGUCGCUCUUUCUCCCUUGAUGAUAUACUCUCUUUACGCAGGAAAAACUUGGUCUGCUCAACCCUGGCUCUUCGGAUUCGAAGGCUACCUGCCCAUCCACGAGAUUGAAGCCCUUGUUCUUGGAGUCAAUAUGAACCGCUUAACGUGGACUCCUUACAGCAGUCAGCUGUCGCGCCACUGUAUGGUCGACGGAGAGUGCAUUGGUAGAGACCCUACGGAAGACCUGGAAGUCAAGAAUAUAGUGAAUUUCAGUGCUUAUGCUAGGUACGAGGAACCAAAGGUUUUCACGUUAGUCGACACGUUUACAAUGAAGGUAACGCUAUUUCAAGCCGUGAGGCCGCCGGUGGCUCUACUGCUCUGCGGAAGCGAGGGUGGUAUGCACCGCGGCCUACUCUGCUCUUAUGACUGGCCCACACAAACACUCACUCGGGAGACCGUACUACGAGUCGACACUCGGACGCUUGACAAAAUGGCCCGGGUUGGACGAGUUCGCAUCGGACUGGAGAAGAUUUCGCCUGAUACUUCACCAAUGUAUACGUUCGUGAACAAUGAUGCGAAUCCAGCCUGA